UGUCCGUCCGUCCGCCAUCUCGCUCACUCGCUUGCAGCAGAAAAGUCGACCCACCAGUCCUCUCCAUCCAUCCCUUCCAUCCAGCAUCCCUCACUUCUCCACAGCAUCUUCCACGCAGCAUGCCCCGCCAUCCAUCACGCUCUCCAUCCCCAGAUCACUUCGGGCCCGCCCCAGUCCUGCCCACUGCAGAGCAGGACAAGGACCCUUUGUACCACCCAAAGAACGGCGUGGCACCAUGGGCUUACGGCGAACCUUCACCAGGCCACGCCGCUGCUCCAUCCAUUACACAUCUCCCUUUGGAGAGCGCCUGCUCCCCGCUCAUCUUCGGCGGGGGCGUUUUCGGCGCUGGGAUGUAUAAUGCAGACUCCUACAUCCGCACAGACGUCCCGUUACGAACUUUGCUCCUCGCCUUCCGGUACGGCGUCAAUGCCAUCGAUACCUCGCCUUACUACUAUCCUUCGGAGUACAUUCUUGGCAGACUCCUCGCUGCACUGCGACCAAUCUAUCCGAGGGAUUCUUACUUUCUCUUCACCAAAUGCGGGCGGUAUGGACCUGACAAAGGGGAUUUUGAUUAUUCGCCGCAGAGAGUGAGGAGAAGUGUCGAGGCGUCUCUCAAGCGGUUGGGUUCCGAGUGGUUGGAUGUAGUGUACUUGCACGACGCCGAAUUUGUGGCAGAGCAGGUGGGAGAUCCCAGUGGCAUGAACGCGGCGAGGGUCGCGAAGGGCGACAAUGAGGCCUUAAGAACGUUGGGUCUUGCAGAGGGUGACGAGGGCAAGGUGCACGGCUCUGGAGACGAAGUGAUCCUCAAAGCGGUAGAGGAGCUGCUACGCCUCAAGAGCGAAGGCAAAGUAAGACGCAUAGGCAUCAGCGGCUAUCCUUUGCCGGUACUUCUCCGUCUUGUCCGCCUAGUAGCGGCCAAAUACCCCAAGUCUGGCGGACUGGACGUUGUCCUCUCCUACUCUAAUCAUACACUCCACUCGGAUAUCCUCACGCCCUACCUGGAUCUCUUCAAAGGGUCAACACCCACGGGAGGGCCAAUUGUGUUCAAUGCCUCGCCCUUCAGUAUGGGCCUCCUCACUGAUGCGGGUCCGCCAGGCUGGCAUCCGGCAAGAGAGGAGCUCAAGGAGGCUUGUCGGGAGGCAGGAAGGCGGAUACGCGGGCAGGAGGGGGAAGCGACGCUUGCCAAGACAGCUCUGCUCUAUGGCAUCAGAGGGGCAGAGACGAGUGCCAAGCAGCCGACACCAGAUGGUGGUGCGGACGAGGGUCUCAGCGGCGUCAGACUACGCACCCUGCUGGGUAUGAGCUCCCCAGAGCAGGUGCAGGACGCUAUUGAGGCUUAUCGCGUUCUAUUGGCUGGGACCGCAGCCUCGACCGGCAGCAGUCAAGACGCCGAGCGACAUGAAAGUUUGCUGCAGGCGUACGAGACGCAGCUACGCAACGAGCGCAUCGUGAUGGAGGAGAUGGACAGGGCAGGAGUCAGGGACGAGAGUUGGCCUAGUGGAAUAUGAGGAGAGGUGCUGGAGCAGGACUGGGUAGCGAGUGGUACUAGCAUUGCAUCUACGUCAUCUCUCAAGGCGAGGCGGUGAAAGAGGGAAAGUAGGAAAAGGAGCGAGGGCGGGUGAUUGACAGGUGUGAUGGAAG